GUGGACGGCAGGGCGGCGAGAUCUGGGCACUGGCACCGCCAGCUUGGUCCGGACCUCAAGCUCCGCCCAGCCGGCCUCCCGGGGCAGGGGUAGGUUACCUGCCCCUGGAGGAGUUGACAGUGGAGGUUGGAGAUUGGAGAGUGUGGGAGCGCCUCUCCGUAUCUUGCCAGGGUUCCCCCCAACUGGACGCCACGUUGUGGUCGCGUUCUCCCUAAGUAGAGAACAGCCAAGCUCCUUGUUGGACCUCCCACAUUUCACUAGAAGGAGGCCGAAAGGGAGAGAAAUUGCUAUGGCUGCUCAAUAGCCCAGGACUUUAAUAUUCGAGAUGCCAUUUUCCUUGUAUGAGAUGGCCCAAAGUGUUAUCAGUAACUCUGAACAGAAGCACUGUUAUUCUCCGACUCUGUUUUUUCGGUGUAGUUCUUUCAGCAUUGACACUUCUAGAUGGGACAGAAAGUUUGAGUGAAAGAUAAUGCAAGUGAUACGGUAUGCCUCAAGCCAUCCCCUAGAGGUAGGACGUGGAGAGAGAACUGGUUUGGAAGAAUUUGAGUGAAUUAAGACAGAGUAAAGCUGAAAGAGAAACCAAACAUUCAUGGAAUCUCCCUUAGUUCUACUACUUACUAGCUGUGGGAUAUUAGCCAGGUUCUGUAUUCUCUUUACGUAUUAAUAAGUGUCCAAUGGCGACCACUGUUAUUAAAUGUAGUUAUUUCUAUAUUAGUCUUUAUUUUUCAACAUUUAUUUAUUGAAUGCCUACUUAAUGCCGGAGUUUUGCUAGUCACUGGGUGUACAGUAUUGAAGACAAACCUUCAGAGACCUUUUGAUCUAGUGGGAAAUGGCAGACAUUGAAUAAGUGAUGGUAUGUAACAGAGAAAGUACCGGGGUCAUGUAAUAAGGGAGCCAGAGGUAAUCUCUUAAGGAAAUGAUUUAUCUGAGACCUGAAGAGUUGGAGUAAGUCAGAUGUGAGCACCGGGGUGGGGCCAGGAGGAGGGAAAGAGUGCACCUGACAAGGGAAUAGCAUUUGUGCGGUUUGUAUUUGAAAGGUCAAUAAGGUUGGAAAACAAAGUGUGAGAGGAAGAGUGGUAACAGAUAAGGCAGGAGAGUUAUUCAGGCCCAACAAGGAGUGCCUUAUAAGGCAUUGUAAGGAGUUUGGGUUUUAUCGCCAAGGGCGAUGGAACAAACACCAUUGGAGCAUUUUACAUAGUGGAGUGCAAAAGUUUGGUUUUAAAAAUACACUUCUUAGAAAAGGGCAAGAGUGGAUACAGGGAGAUGUUCAACAUGAUGGUGGCCCAAAUUGGGAUGGCAACCCUGGGGACAAGAAGUAGAAACACUUAAAAGAUGUUUAGGAAGAAGAAUACACAGGACUUGGUGAGGAUUAAAUGUAGUUGAUGACAGGAGGGUUAGAGUAGUAUGUAGGGUUUUAUGAAAUACUCAGACUCUGGCAGUGAUUAGUUAACUUUUCCCACAUGCAUACUGACGCUUCUAUGCUCCAUUUUAAUCUACCUCUGGAGUAAUUUUCCAUUGAAUCAUUAGUGAUGGCAAACCAAUUGAAAAGGAUUGUAAUGUUUUUCUGUUAUUCUCUAAUUCAGGCUGUCUUUUAAAGAAGGUCAGGAUGGGGAAAGACUUUGUAAAUCAGCUGUUUGAAAACAAUUAUCUUCCAUGUUGAUUUUGGCCCGUAAGAAGAUCACUAUAAACAAAAUUUCCACCAGAGAAAAUGUUGAAAUAGGAGUUGUGGAUACAUUGGAUAUACUGGAUGAAAUACAGCGGUUAAUUUUUGUAACGUGGGGGAAAAGCCCACAUUGCUGGUUACAUGUGUAAAUCACUGCGUUAUUGCUUUAGUCAUUGUCUCUAUUUAGCAAUGACAAGACUGGAAGAAGUAAAUAGAGAAGUGAACAUGCAUUCGUCAGUGCGGUAUCUUGGCUAUUUAGCCAGAAUCAAUUUAUUGGUUGCCAUAUGCUUAGGCCUAUACGUAAGAUGGGAGAAAACAGCAAAUUCCUUAAUUUUAGUAAUUUUUAUUCUAGGUCUUUUUGUUCUUGGAAUUGCCAGCAUACUCUAUUAUUAUUUUUCAAUGGAAGCAGCAAGUUUAAGUCUCUCCAAUCUUUGGUUUGGAUUCUUGCUUGGCCUCUUAUGUUUUCUUGAUAAUUCAUCUUUUAAAAAUGAUGUAAAAGAAGAAUCAACCAAAUAUUUGCUUCUCACGUCCAUAGUAUUAAGGAUACUGUGCUCUCUGGUGGAGAGAAUUUCUGGUUAUGUCCGUCAUCGACCCACUUUACUAACCACAGUUGAAUUUCUGGAACUUGUUGGAUUUGCUAUUGCCAGCACAACUAUGUUGGUGGAGAAGUCUCUGAGUGUCAUUUUGCUUGUUAUAGCUCUGGCUAUGCUGAUUAUUGAUUUGAGAAUGAAAUCUUUCUUAGCUAUUCCCAACUUAGUUAUUUUUGCAGUUUUGUUAUUUUUUUCCUCAUUAGAGACUCCCAAAAACCCCAUUGCUUUUGCAUGUUUUUUUAUUUGCCUGAUAACUGAUCCUUUCCUUGACAUUUAUUUUAGUGGCCUUUCGGUAACUGAAAGAUGGAAACCGUUUUUGUACCGUGGAAGAAUUUGCAGAAGACUUUCGGUCGUUUUUGCUGGAAUGAUUGAGCUCACGUUUUUUAUUCUUUCAGCAUUUAAACUUAGAGACACUCAUCUCUGGUAUUUUGUAAUACCUGGCUUUUCCAUUUUUGGAAUUUUCUGGAUGAUUUGUCAUAUUAUUUUUCUUUUAACUCUUUGGGGAUUCCAUACCAAAUUAAAUGACUGCCAUAAAGUAUAUUUUACCCACAGGACAGAUAAUAAUAGCCUUGAUAGAAUCAUGGCAUCCAAAGGGAUGCGCCAUUUUUGCUUGAUUUCAGAGCAGUUGGUGUUUUUUAGUCUUCUUGCAACAGCAAUUUUGGGAGCAGUUUCCUGGCAGCCAACAAAUGGAAUCUUCUUGAGCAUGUUUCUAAUUGUUCUGCCAUUGGAAUCCAUGGCUCAUGGGCUCUUCCAUGAAUUGGGUAACUGCUUAGGAGGAACAUCUGUUGGAUAUGCCAUUGUGAUUCCCACCAACUUCUGCAGUCCUGAUGGUCAGCCAACACUGCUUCCCCCAGAACAUGUACAGGAGUUAAAUUUGAGGUCUACUGGCAUGCUGAAUGCUAUCCAAAGAUUUUUUGCAUAUCAUAUGAUUGAGACCUAUGGAUGUGACUAUUCCACAAGUGGACUGUCAUUUGAUACUCUGCAUUCUAAGCUGAAAGCUUUCCUCGAACUUCGGACUGUGGAUGGACCCAGACAUGAUACGUAUAUUUUGUAUUACAGUGGGCACACCCAUGGUACAGGAGAGUGGGCUCUAGCAGGUGGAGAUAUACUACGCCUUGACACACUUUUAGAAUGGUGGAGAGAAAAGAAUGGUUCCUUCUGUUCCCGGCUUAUUAUCGUAUUAGACAGCGAAAACUCAACCCCUUGGGUGAAAGAAGUGAGGAAAAUUAAUGACCAGUAUAUUGCAGUACAAGGAGCAGAGUUGAUAAAAACAGUAGAUAUUGAAGAAGCUGACCCACCACAGCUAGGUGACUUUACAAAAGACUGGGUAGAAUAUAACUGCAAUUCCAGUAAUAAUAUCUGCUGGACUGAAAAGGGACGCACAGUGAAGGCAGUAUAUGGUGUGUCAAAACGGUGGAGUGACUACACCCUGCAUUUGCCAACGGGAAGCGACGUGGCCAAGCACUGGAUGUUACACUUUCCUCGUAUUACAUAUCCCCUAGUGCACUUGGCAAAUUGGUUAUGCGGUCUGAACCUUUUUUGGAUCUGCAAAACUUGUUUUAGGUGCUUGAAAAGGUUAAAAAUGAGUUGGUUUCUUCCUACUGUGCUGGACACAGGACAAGGCUUCAAACUUGUCAAAUCUUAAUUUGGACCCCAAAGUGGGAUAUUAUUAAGCACUCAUACUACCAAUUAUCACUAACUUGCCAUUUUUUGUAUGCUGUAUUUUUUAUUUGUGGAAAAUACUUUGCUACUUCUGUAGCUGCUCUCACUUUGUCUUUUCUUAAGUAAUUACGGUAUAUGUAAGGUGUUGGGAAAAAACAUUUUGUACUAAAAGUAUAUAGGGAGUCAAAUGCUGACUGUAAAUGUGUAAGAGAUGUUAAAAAUCAUACUGCACUUUCAGGAAUGUUUGCAUAUGGUCCUGAUUAGAAAGAAAACAGUUGUUGUCUAUGCUCUACAGUGGCCAAUGAUGAAUUACUAAUGCCUUAUUUUCUAGGCAUAUGAUAGUUUAGAGAAUGUAGACCAGAUAAAUUUGUUUACUAUUUUAAGAAAACUACCAGUUUACUUACAGAAGAUUCUUUUUUCCAAACAGUAGGUUUCAUCCAAGACUAUUUGAAGAACUACAAACUCUUUCUCUUAGAAAAGAAAGAGGGCUGCCCAAAAUAAAUGCAAAAUUUGCUUAUACUUCAUCACAUUCAGAUGUCUUGGUUGUGACCUUUUACCAGUGUAGCAGAGAACCCUAAUUACAUUUUAGAUUAAAUCAUUCUUUAUGUGGGUAUUGUUAAAAGGCUUGAGCCUACAAGUUGCUCUUUCUUGAAUUGGUUGAGGGCACUGAAAACACUGGUAAUAUUAAGAGUCUUUCUCAGGGUAACUUAAUGUUUUCUUAAUGAACAAUGUUUCCAGCUACAAAUUCCUUCCAAUAAGUUGUCUUCCUUUGUGAAAAGGUACUCUCAUAGAAGAAAUUUAGCAAUUUCUCAUUGACUGACUCAGUCUGUUUUAAGUAUUCAGAAAAGAUUUUGAUCCCUAUUGAGCUAAUGCUCCGCCAUGAAAAUAUUUUUCUGAUCCAUGUUAGUGAUAACAUUUUUUUUCUACUGAAGGUCAAAGGAUAGGAAACAUGUCAUUUCUUUUCUUGUAUAUGUGUAAUGUAUUAUGUAAAAAAGUAUUCAUAUUGGCAAUUUUAGUUAAGCAUAAUAGUGUGGUUGUAAUUUUUAAAACUUAAUUCAGUGUUCUGUCUGAUUAAAGCAGGCACUGAUCAGGAUAUCUCCUAAGAGGUAAUUCACUUCAUAUUUCCUUCCAGUAAUUAUUACAUUCUAAAUUUUCAUCUAUGAGAAAUAACAAGAGGGGAAUAGAAUUAAAUUGGGGAAUAAUCUAAUCUUCAUUGUUUAAAUGGUUUGACUUCUCACCAUUGAAGCCAUUUUUUCUAGCCUCAGAAAGAGGAAAUAAUGCUACCACCAUUUUCUACCUGGUGACUUGAAAAUUGAAGUUUUAGGUUAGGAAGAAGUUACUUAGAGUCAGGGAACUUGUUUACCACUAUCUAUGCAGUAUUGUUAUAGUCUAUUUCUAUGGUUUGAAUAUGAUUUUCCUAAUGCUCUGAAUAAAAUUUUGUUAAAAAUUAAUUUUUCAUUUAAUGUGCAAAUAUUGAAUAUUCUAGUAUAUUGAAAGUGGUAGUCAUUAAAAAUGCCCAUGUUUUAGAUUUCAUGUUUGAAAGGUUCCAAUAUAGGUUAAGGAUUUAUAUUAGCAUUGUCCAAAUAAAAUAGUAUAGUGUUUCAUUAUUGUUCUCUUCAGCAGUAGUGUAGUAGAAAAGCCAAAUGUUAAAAUUAUGACCUUUUUAGCUUCAAAAAAAGUUAAUGUUAAGUAAAAUCUCUUUUUAAAUUUUUUAGCAAUUUGUGAGCAAGUUAGCUUUAACUAAAGCAUUAUUUCUUCACUGUAACGAAGCCAGAAAUAAAAGUAUGUUCUGCAUUCUUUAUAAGGUAGUAUUAAGGUGGUACUAAAAAUUAUAAAAACAGCUGACAGUUUGACAGCCGCAAACCUAACUUUUUGAUAUAUAUUUUCUGUGAAAGUAAAACCAAAAAAGGUCUUUGGGCCAAGAAUGUGACUUGAACAAAUUUAUUAACCAGAAUUUAUAGAAUAUCCACUUUGGUGAAUUCUCCUACCCAAACAAACAAAAAACUAUAAAUGACCCUUUGGGAUGAUAUCACAAAGCUGAUAUUUAAAAAACAAUAAGGAUGUAAAAAAGAAAUACUGUAAGAAGGAUAAAGUGAUUGGUUACUUUCACCUAAAGAUUAAAAAAUAGGUCUGACAAUGAUUCUAAUUUGUUUAUGGCUGUCAUAUUUAAGAAAGAGUUGCUUGGAAUGAAAGGAGUUAUUUUAGGGCAAAACUUUACCAUCCUACUAAAAAGAGGUAACAUGGAAAUAUUUUCAACAUUAUUUUAUUUAAUGUUUGUUUCCUUGUGUGAUACCUUGCUAAAACCACAAAAGUACUAACCUCUAAAACAUCUUUUAAAUAGUGUACACACUGUUGCAAAAUAAAUAAGGAGCCAAGCUCUUUCUCUCCCCAUGACUUUUCAGUUAUGCUGUCAUUUUAAAAAACAUUUUUUAGUUUGCUCUGAUCUAAACUCUUCCUCCCUAGGAAAAUUGGGGUUAUAUUUCCAUAGAAUUCUAUCUUGCUCUUAAUAAAUUCAAAUUUUAUGGAAAAGAUGCAUUUCAGAAGAUUAUUCUUGUGACCAGUUAUGCUUUAAAAAAAUUAAAUUCUUAAAAUGCA